AUGUUCCCAAAUUCCUCUAACUUGGGUCAUCCAUCCUUCCGUCCAAAACAUCAACAACAGAGGAAUUUCUUUAGUAAACCUCCUCUAAAUGCGUCACCUACUGUUGCCUCUCACCGGCGAAUUAUUGAUGGUCAUUUUUAUUUUCAGAAUAUGCUGGCUUUCUUGAGCAGGAAUUUUGCAAGUGUUCCAGCUCUUACACCACAGCCAACGACUUAUGGAAAUGGCAGUCCGAUACGUACGUCUGAUGACCCCAUGUUAUUCCGAGGAAGAAAGAGACAAAGUGAACAAAGAGUUCCACAUGAUGUCAAACGGCAGCGAUUUCAUUCAUGUCAUUCUGAAACAACUGCAGUUAACCAAGCAGCGCCUUUACCAGAAGAACGUAGAUAUUCAUUCCCAAUGCCAGGUCAAUCUCCACAGUCCCAGGCAUAUUACGUAUCAGAUUUAGCUGGAUGUGUCCUUGCAUUGCAAGAUGCUUUGUUUCCAGACCCUAUGAAAACUGUGUUCCCUUCGACCAAAGAUCAGUUAAGUCUGCAGGUUUUGGAGUUAUUUAAAGCAUGUUGGCAGCAGCCCUGUGAUUUGGACAGAAAAGAGCUCUGCAGAGUAGAACUCCAGAAAGAAAUCCAGCUAAUUUUUCCACAAAGCAGACUCUUUUUGGUUGGAUCCUCACUGAAUGGGUUUGGCACUCGUAGCAGUGAUGGUGACUUGUGCCUGGUGGUUAAAGACAAACCAGUAAAUCAGAAGACUGAAGCAAGGCAUAUACUCAGCUUAGUCCAAAAACUCUUCAGUACUAAACUUUCAAGCUUCAUUGAGCGACCUCAGCUGAUUCAAGCGAAAGUGCCAAUAGUGAAGUUCAGGGAUAAAGUCAGCUGUGUGGAGUUUGACUUGAAUGUAAACAAUAUUAUAGGAAUAAGAAAUACAUUUCUUCUGAGAACCUAUUCAUGCAUUGAGAAUCGAGUUUGUCCAUUAGUACUUGUCAUUAAGAAGUGGGCGAGAUUUCAUGACAUAAAUGAUGCCAGUCGUGGUACUUUGAACAGCUACAGUCUGGUAUUAAUGGUUUUGCACUAUUUACAGACCCUACCUGAACCUGUCCUUCCAUCCCUCCAAAAAGAAUACCCAGAAUCUUUUGAUACUACUAUGCAUUUGGAUCAGGUUUGUCGAGCUCCACGUACCAUUCCUCCUUACAACUCAAAAAAUGAAUCAAGCCUUGGAGAUUUGCUAAUAGGCUUCUUCAAGUAUUAUGCUACAGAAUUUGAUUGGAGCCAUCAGAUGAUUUCAGUUCGUGAGGCCAAAGCUGUUCCAAGACCUGAUGGUACUGAAUGGAGAAACAAAUUUAUUUGUAUAGAAGCCUUUCCCUCAAGCAUCAGUGUUGCUGGCACCAGUGCCAGCACCAAGGGUCCAGAGGCUGAGGAAGGAUCGCAGGUAUGUUCGAACGAACUUACACUGCCGUCCAAGAGAACCCCUGUCGCUCCAGCCAGCGAGUCGGCUUUGUCGGAGGCCCAGCUGAAGU